AUGCCUUUGAGAGCUAAGGUUACCAAUCCUGCAUUUGCAGGGAGAGCACAGAUGGGGACGGCCUCAGAUGCUCCUUCAUAUGCCCAAGCCGAAGUUAUCACAGAACUGGAAGGGGACGAAAAGGAAGAUGUGCUAUUCAAUACUUUAUAUGGAGUGAGAACGAUCGAGCUCAACAGACCUGCAAAGUUACAUUCCCUCAAUGGAUCGAUGAUUCGAAAAAUUGUACCAAGACUGCAGGAAUGGUCGAAAUCGGACAUGGCGAAUGUGAUCAUUAUCAAGGGAUCUGGACCCAAGGCUUUCUGUGCUGGUGGAGAUGUGGUAGCGCUUGCUGAAGAUAAUACCAAAGGACCAGAAGGACAAGCCCGGUCUACGGACUACUUUGCUCUCGAAUAUAAGCUCGAUCACCUUAUUGCAACUUAUCAAAAACCCUACAUUGCUUUCAUGGACGGAGUUACGAUGGGUGGCGGUGUUGGAUUGAGUAUACAUGCUCCAUUUCGAAUAGCUACUGAAAGGACGGUAUUCGCUAUGCCUGAAACUACUAUAGGCUUCUUUCCAGAUGUCGGAGCUUCAUUCUUUUUACCUAGGAUGGCUGGAUCUGUUGGAACUUACCUUGCCUUGACUAGUGAGCGCCUGAAGGGAGUCAAUGCCUUUUAUUCUGGAAUUGCAACACAUUAUAUUCACUCAACGUCUUUACCUAGCUUAGAGAAGCGUUUGGCGGAAUUACGAUUUAAGGAUUUCGAAAACCUAGAGCAAAGAGCACAAUUGAUCAAUAGCACUAUUGAGGAAUACUGCACAGGUCUGCCUCAUGAUGAGCCAAUGCUCAUCAGUGGUGAAUUGCGAAAGGCUAUCGAUCGUCACUUCAGUAAAUCAAACCUUUCCGAAAUUAUUGCUAGUCUAAAGGCCGAGCAUGCCCUCCUGGAAACCGAAGCGGCAGAAGCGGCAGCAGCGGCGGCGCAGUACGGGCUGGAGGCCCCAGAAAACCCUAUUAAAGGAUGGAUUGAAAAGACUCUUGCUACCUUGCACCAACGAUCACCUACCAGUGUUCAUGUAGCACUACGUCAAAUGCGCAUUGGCAAAGAUUGGUCGAUCGCCGAGACUUUCCAAAGAGAAUACCAGAUUGCCGCUAAAUUUAUGCGCCAUCCCGAUUUUACGGAAGGCAUAUAUUCACUGCUUGUCCGCAAGGAUGGCUCUCCGAAAUGGCAACCAACAAAGGAAGACGCCAGCACAGAGAAAAUUGCGGAUCCAUUCUUUAAAGUUGAAGGAUCACAGCGGAUAAAACUACUCAGCGAUCGCGAUUACCAUGAAUAUCCAUUUAAGUUUGGAGUUCCAAGAGAAAUUGAAGUCGAGAAGGUAGUGCGCCAAGGUGGAAAGUCGACGUUCCAAGUUAUCAAUCACUUCCUUCAGGCGACGGAAGGAAAACAAGGUUUAAAGGAAGUGGUGGCGGAGAUCAUCGAAAGGAAAACAACGAAGGAUGAACUAGGACAUCUUGUAUGGGAGCAAGAGCAAGUCCUCGAGUCCUAA